AUGGGCCUCAACUACAUGAGCUUGCUCACGUCAAGUAAAGCUCCCUUUUACAGCAUCGUCCCAGGAAACUCCUCAACACCAAUUGGCUCGGUUACCUUCCCGGUCACAUUUGGUAUAGAACAAAACUUCCGGACAGAACACAUCAAGUUCGAAGUGGCCGAAUUAGAAUCUUCUUACCAUGCCAUCUUGGGAAGACUAGCAUUGGCCAAAUUUAUGGCUGUGCCCCACUACGUCUACUUACUCCUCAAGAUGCUGGGCAAUACAGGAGUCCUCCUCAAUUCCUUGGAGUGCGACAAGGAGGCAAUUGUCCACGCCUCUAGCAUUCGAGUACCUAGUUCCGUGAGCGAGAUACUCGCCACUAUCAAGGAGCUAUCACUCAACAAGGACUCGAUGCCAUCCAAGAAGCCAAGCCAGUCGUCGGUAAAACCAGCCGGCAACGUCGGCACCAAGACCAUCCAGCUGCAAGAGGGAGACGAUUCUAAAACUGCUAUCAACGGAGCUGGCUUGAGCGACAAAUAG